UUUCUCUUUUAGUGGCCUAACAGACGGGUUUGUCUUGACGACAGUACAGUUGUUGCAUGUACUAGUAGUAGACAGAACAAAAUUUCUAGUUGUAGAGAUGAUGAUAAGAAGGAAGACUUUUCUGGUGGUUUUGUCCAUCUAUCUCAGCUGCCCAAGUGGAUCAGAUGCAAUUGGCAACUUGACGUCCACUCCAGAGUCCUCCAAUGGAGUAUUGACAGCGUGUCCAGGAGAUCCCAUCUCUAUCAUUUGCACUCAUAACAUCACUGCUGGUGCCAUUACCGAAUGGAUGCUUCCCGGUGUAUCAACACAAUGCCUUGUUGUUCAUGGAACAGGAAAUGUUCCCAACUGUGCUCCCUUCAUUGUUACCAUGGUCAGUGACAACUCUGGUCCAACACUGAGCUCCACUGUACAGAUAACUGCGAUGGAUGGGCUGAGUGGUGAAGUAGAGUGCUUGUCUGGCCAAAAUGCUGCAUCAUUGUCUGUACUUGCCAGUGUGAACAUCAGUGUUGCAGCUAUUCCAACUCUUAGCAUCACCCUGGUGGAGCCAACGUCUCAGUCUAUGGCAAGUGUGAGUUUGUCAGUGGACAACACUCAGUGUGUUGCAACCUAUGUGGUCAAUGCCACUCAAGAUGGUGACAGUGGAUCAGUGAGUGGUGGAGAAAGCUCUAUCUCAACAGUGACAAUCGAUGGUUUGGAUGUGUGUCGUUAUAGCUACAGUUUUAUGGGAUACGUUAUCUCAAAUCGUAACAUUCUCGGAAACAUGAGUGCACUCUUCAGCUUCACCGCUGAUCUAUCAGGAUUAAACGGUGUUACUAACGUGCGCACUAAUUCGGAGAGAACAGUUUUACAAUGGGAUCAAAUGCUUAACAUAGACUAUCCUGAUUGCAUCACAAACUACUCUAUUGGUUGGAAUGGAAUGACUUACAACACAACUGAUACAGCUACCUCUGUGACUAGGGAACUAUUGAGUGCUUCAGAGUUUCCUUUCUGUAUGACUACAUCCGUCACCGUGACACCAGUGACUCCAAUGGGACUGCUAGAUGGGAGAAACUCUACUUCAGAUGUCAGCUUAAUCUCACCAGAUUUCUUCACCCCAACUAUUUCUGGUGUGUACAUUGUGAAUGUGAUAAAUAUCAGCAUGGUCGUGGAAAUGAAUGGGACUAACGUCACUGUUUACAACAGGACAGAAAGGAAUGUAUUUUCUGGAAUGGUUCAGGGAAUAUCUCAGAUUGUUAACCCCAGUCGUAUGAUUGGAUACAGUCGGGCCAGCAUGGCUUGCACACCUAACAUUUUGUUCACUAAUGACUCAUUUGAAGUCACUCUUCCUGAUGAUGCUGGCUCUGGAGAAGCAUUUACAUUGUGCGUUCAACUAACCUUUGGGGACUGUAUGGAAAUGACAUCGAGAGAUUUCACCUUUCCUGGUCGAACCAUCACUUCACAAAAUGAAGGAAUGGUGUCAGGUACUAGCUUCACUGUUCCUGUGAACCUACAAAUCACUGAGUAUCAACCAGACCAGCUACAAAUCAUAGUCUCUCUCAGUCCCAAUGACACUGCACCAGUUGUAAUCUACUUCCCUGCUAGCUACCAGUACACUGUGAUGUUCUCAGGUCUUAUGGCUGGUACUAGUUACACCUACACAGUUCGUGUUGUGCGUCGCAGUGACAUGACAGAUGUAGUGGAACCUUUUGUGGCAGAUUUCUUAAUUGCAACUCUCCCAACCACAAUGGCCCCAACUCUACCUCUAACGACGUCUCCUACCACCAGUGACCAAACAACCUCAUCACCAGGGACGCCUUCAACACAGGGCGGAUGUACCGGAGGUUGUAUAGCUGGAAUCAUCGUUGGUUUUUUAUUUGUUCUAGUAUUAGUUGUGGUCAUCAUUGUCGUUGUUUUGUGCUACUGGAAUAAGACAAGAAAAUCAAGAGAAAUGAAGCACCAAAUGGAGCUACAAAGUACUAAAGUAAAAAUGAAUACCAACGAUGGGGAGGAGGUGGAUUCCAUGGCCAACAUACCUGAAUACCCGCCCACAUCUGAAUCCGACAAGUUGGGUCCAGUGUACGAAGAUCCUGAUACCUUUAAACUAGACCCCUACACUCAGGACAAUCUUGCCUAUGGUCAUGUUCAACAGUCAGCUCAAUUGAAGGGACCGAUAUACGAGGACAUUAAACCAGACCCCCACACCCAGGGGAACCUUGCUUAUGGACAUGUGCAAUUCAAUUAAUUUAAAA